AAUGUCGAAACGUCUUCGUUCGAGCGUUUCCGGUGCCCAAAAGGCUAAUGUUGGUGUCACUUUGACAAAACGGCGACGUGUACAAGCAAACGAACCUUCACUUCCAAAUUCUUUGCAAGAUGAACUUGAUGUUCCUGAUAUGCCUACCUCUAAUAGAACUACCCAAAGGGCUAUUGCUAGUACCAUUAUCCAAAGGCCUACUGUUGGUGACUCAAUGAAUGCACACGUUCAGUGCCAAACUACUAACCAGCCAUCAAUAAAUACUACAACUGAAGGGUUGAAUGAUGCUAGGACAUCAGUCGAUAUCCAAGGAUCUACUACAGAAGGUCCAGAAAAAAAAGUGCGUGGAAAGACAAGAGGUUUAAAUGCUAAUAAGGUGCAUGAGCAGCUUGGUACUAAAAUACCUGUGACUUUCAAGAAAGAAAAUGGCAGACCCACAGGUCCAUAUUCAGAAAUGUUUGCUAAUGAAAUUGGAUUCACCAUUCGGAAUCAUGCACCUCUAAAUGUGAAAAAAUGGAAGGAAGUAAAACCAGAAGAUAGGACAAACUAA